AUGGCCAACCCCAGCUUAGCCUACCUUACUCUCCUCCUCUUCAAUAUCCCUCCCUCUCUCCUCCUCCUAGCUCUUAUCGUCAGACCUCGCCCCCUUGAGGACGCGAAGCACGCAAUCCAGCUCUCCACUGGCGCUGAGGUAGCGAUAUUUGCAGUGGAUCAAGCAGGGCCCAUUGAUGUGUUGAAUGUGAAUCAAGGGGUGUUUGUGUCUCAAGAACUGGAGAAGCAGGGAAUGGAUGAGAGUAGCAGGAAGGAUCGUGGGCCUGCUUCUAUUACUCUCAUGUCAUCACAGGCUGGUCAGGUGGGGAUUUAUGGUUAUACAGCUUAUUCAGCGAGUAAGUUUGGUCUUCGGAGUUUAGCAGAAGCAUUGCAGCAGGAGGUUAUUGGAGAGAACAUCCAUGUCUCUGUUGUAUUCCCUCCAGAAACAGAAACUCCUGGUUCAGCUCGAGAUCAGCUACUCAAUGAUGGGUCUUUUGCGGAGUGGGAUCUAUCAUUGGGGUCCACCCAAUCCAUAGUAGAUGAUUUUAGGGAAAAUGAAAAAAGGCCACAGGUUGCAAGCAUCAUAGUAGCCUCCUCUGGAGCAAUGGAAGCGGAUGAAGUGGCCAAGAAAGCUUUAGAUGGGAUCAAAUUGGCUAGAUUUAUUAUUCCUUGCAACUUUGAGGGAUUCAUGUUAUCUAUAGUGACAGCUGGUCUAUCUCCUCAGAGAUCAUUCUUGAUGGGAUUUAUUGAGGUUAUUGCCGCGGGCGUAAUACGUAUUGUAGCUCUGUUUUUCCAGUGGAACUGGUAUGGAAGCAUAGAAAAGUGGCAUGCACAUCGUAAGUAUCCAAUAUCUCCUUGUGUAUUUCUUCUUUGUAUGCUGGGAAAAACUACUCGAUCAGGUUUUGCACGUGGGAAAGAGGUGUGGGGUUUGGGUGCGGGAUAA